GUUGGUGCGAGUGCUGCCAUUCUGCGGCUGAGUUUCAUUUGGACUCCUGUCUCAUCAUAGAGGCUCGAAGGUCGCUUUAGCUCUCACUACCUUUAACGUAAUUAUCUCCCAGCCCAUGUUAACGGCCAUUCGUCGUUUUAAUAUUUAUUGCGCACGGACAUAGAGGUUGUUGUGAUUUACGAGGACCACCUGAAGGCAUCAUUGGACUCCGCCUGCCACACUGCCACGUCAAGUAUGACGUAGCAGUAGGUGGUGUCCGGGUUGUGAGGCGUUCAAACCCGGACAAGUAAAGAAAGCUUUAUUUGUGUCGUUAAACGUCGUCUGACACAGGAGUGAGAUUCCCACUAGACCCAUCACUGACCAUGGACCCGAAAACCAGCGGACUCCUUCAAAGGUUGACUGAGGCCGGUCAGGCUCACCUCCUGGGCUUCUGGGACAAGCUGAGUCCUGAUGAACGCGCGUCUUUAAACCAGGAGCUACAACUGAUAGACUUCCAGGAAAUCAAUGGCUUCUUCAAGCGGGCCAUGAAGUCAUUCAGCUGCACUAAGAAUGAAAAAAUGGACGCCCGCAUGGAGCCGGUACCCCAGGACGUACUGGGCAGUGUGACGAGGGAUAAGGGAAGUCUCAAACGUUGGGAGCAAAAAGGUCUGGAAUGUAUCUCCCAGAGUAAAGUGGCGGUGCUGCUUCUGGCUGGCGGUCAGGGAACCAGACUGGGGGUCUCCUACCCCAAAGGCAUGUACGACGUGGGGCUACCAUCCCAUAAGACCCUCUUUCAAAUCCAGGCCGAGCGCAUUUUGAAGCUUCAGCAUCUGGUCGAGGAGAAAAACAAAAGCAAGUGCAUCAUUCCUUGGUACAUAAUGACCAGCGGCAGGACAAUGGAAUCCACCAAGGACUUCUUCUCACGGUUUAACUACUUCGGCUUGGAUAAGAAGAAUAUAAUCUUCUUCCAGCAGGGCAUGCUUCCAGCCAUGGACUAUGAUGGCAAGAUCGUCCUUGAGAGUAAAUGCAAGCUGUCCAUGGCUCCUGAUGGAAAUGGGGGUCUAUACAGAGCCUUGGGUAACCAGGGCAUCCUGGACGACAUGCAACGGAGGGGGAUUGAGUUCAUACAUGUCUACUGUGUGGAUAACAUCCUUGUCAAAGUAGCUGACCCAGCAUUUGUCGGUUUCUGUGUGGAGAAGGAUGCAGACUGUGGGGCUAAGGUGGUGGAGAAAAGCAACCCCACAGAGGCCGUCGGCGUGGUGUGCAAGGUAGACGGUCUAUACCAGGUAGUGGAGUACAGUGAGAUCACCCUGGCGACGGCUGAGAAGCGCAGCCCUGACGGCCGCCUCAUGUUCAAUGCAGGCAACGUGGCCAAUCACUUCUUUAGCUUCUCAUUCCUCAAAGAUAUAGUGGAGAAGUACGAACCAAAGCUUGAGCACCAUGUAGCUCGGAAGAAGAUCCCAUAUGUGGAUGCCCAGGGUCAACUCAUCUCUCCGGACAAACCCAAUGGGAUUAAGAUGGAAAAAUUUGUUUUUGACAUUUUCCAGUUUGCCAAGACGUUUGUAGUGUACGAGGUGCUGAGGGAGGAUGAGUUCUCUCCUCUAAAGAACGCUGACCGCCAAGAUGGGAAGGACACCCCCACCACCGCGAGACACGCCCUCAUGUCCCUCCAUCACCGCUGGGUGCUGAACGCCGGCGGUCACUUCAUCGAUGAGAGUGGCGCGCGUGUGCCCGCCAUACCCAGAGCUGGAGAAGAAGGCCGUGUCACAGAUGAUGGCAACAGAAAUCUAAAGGACGGAACGGACCUGCCGAUCAAAUGUGAGAUUUCCCCGUUGGUGUCCUACGGAGGAGAGGGUCUGGAAGCACUGGUGAAGGAUCGAGACUUCCACCCGACUCUAAUCAUCGACGAGAGCGGCGUUCACGAGCUGGUCAAGAACGGCGUUUAGACGACCAAUCCAAAAAACACCAACCCCUUCGUCCCUCGGGUCGAAGCUGUGAUGUCAUCCAUGUGCAAUAACGGUGUCAAAGCGACUGAAUGAACCAACAAGCGAGAUGAAGUGAGCUCUCUUUGUAUGUGUGAAGACAGGAAGAGAGCUUGCGGGUCUGGUGCAUCUAUUUAUUUUGCUGAUGAGACUUAUUUUUUUAUAUCUAUUAUGUACACUGACAUGAGAAUCCUCAUUCGCUCAAGUUGGCAUAGUGAUUUUUAUAGCACAUUGGAAUGAUCCGGAUAAUGAAUCAUGUAGACAACAGGAUGUGGGAGCUUUCUUCUAUUAGUUGAUGAUGGAACAUUACUCAGUUCAAAUGAUGCCUAUUAAAGAAGGAGGAGGGAAAAAACUUUUAACACUGUUUUGGAGUUUGCUUUUCACAAUAUUUACUUGUUGGCUGCCAUUGAUGGAGAUUGACUUACAGUGUAUCACAAAAGUGAGUACACCCCUCGCAUUUCUGCAAAUAUUUAAGUAUAUCUUUUCAUGGGACAACACUGACAAAAUGACACUUUGACACAUUGAAAAGUAGUCUGUGUGCAUCUCAUAUAAUAGAGUUAAACUUAUUUUCCCCUCAAAAUAACUCAAAAUAUAGCCAUUAAUAUCUAAACCCCUGAAGCUGAAUUCUUUAUAGAUAUGGACGUAAAACAGUCUCGAUUCUUGGUAGAAAGCAAAAAAAAAAAGUGCAGGUAGCAUUUAUUUUACGUAAAUAUGUUGAAUGUGCGGCUCGUCUUUAAAUUCACUGUGGCGCCGUCUUACCACAACAAAGAGCUUUUUACGUUGAAAUUCUUGUGAACAAAUGCUUAAAUCCCUGAAUUCUUUAUAGAUAUGAACGUUAAACAGUCUCGAUUCUUGUUUAAAAGCAAAAAAACGUGCAGGUAGUAUUUUUUUUACGUAAAUAUUGCGAACUUU